UCACUACAGGAAUCCUGCUGUGGAGGAUCAAGCCAUCGACCGAGUCCAUCGGCUGGGGCAGACUCGGGAGACUGUGCACAUUCUCCGCUUCAAAGUCAAGGACACUGUCGAAGAUCAAAUGCUGGUGGUACAAGAGAAAAAAGCGAGGGUGGCGCGAAACGCCC